AUGGUCUGUGGAUUCUCCAUGUUGCAGAGGGAGUGUUUGAGUAGUUAUUACUCAGAAAGUAACGCGAGCUGCAUUUCAUUAUGUGCCUUUCUAAUAAUAUCUUUUUUUCUUUCCCCUCCCCAGCCUGCUCCAGAGACAACUGAAAUAGACAUAGAUGGAGGAAUUGAUCAGGACAUCUUCGACAUAAAUCAAGCUUUAGGACUAGACCUUUUUGAGGGAGACAUCAAACUUCCUGGGGAACGAAACUCUAUCAUUGGUGACAACUAUCGGUGGCCCCAUGUUAUCCCUUACGUCCUUGAGGACAGCCUGGAAAUGAAUGCUAAGGGAGUCAUCCUCAAGGCAUUUGAACAGUAUCGACUGAAAACCUGUAUUGACUUCAAACCUUGGGAAGGGGAAAAGAAUUACAUAUCUGUGUUCAAAGGAAGUGGCUGCUGGUCCUCAGUGGGAAACAUGCAAAUGGGCUUGCAGCAACUCUCCAUCGGAGCCAACUGUGACAGGAUUGGGACAAUCCAGCAUGAAUUCCUGCAUGCCCUGGGAUUCUGGCAUGAGCAGUCACGGUCUGACCGGGAUGACUAUGUGACCAUCGUCUGGGACAGGAUUCAGUCUGGUAAAGAACAUAAUUUCAAUAAGUAUGAUGAUAAAAGAUCAGACUUCCUGAAUGUUCCCUAUGACUACAACUCUGUGAUGCACUAUAGCAAGACUGCGUUCAGGAAUGGAACCGAGCCCACCAUCAUCACCAACAUACCAGACUUCACAGAUGUCAUAGGACAGAGAAUGGAUUUCAGCGAAUAUGACCUCCAGAAACUGAACCGGCUGUACAAUUGCACCUCCUCCCUAAGUUUCAUGGACACGUGUGAUUUUGAACUUGAAAAUAUAUGUGGCAUGAUUCAAAGUUCAGAUGAUAACAGUGACUGGCAGCGUUUGUCUCAGGUUCCUGCUGGGCCAAAUACUGAUCACACUAAUAUGGGAGAAUGCAGAGAUUCUGGCUACUUCAUGCAUUUUGACACCAGUGAUGGAAGACAAGGAAGCACAGCUUUCCUGGAGAGCCGAAUUCUGUAUCCCAAAAGAGGUUUUCAGUGCUUACAAUUCUAUUUUUAUAACAGUGGUAAUGAGAAUGACCAGCUGAAUGUCUGGGUCAGAGAGUACACAUCAGACAAUCCAAAUGGCACUCUGAGAUUCAUCGAAGAGAUAAAAGGUUCACCUGAGACCUACUGGCAGCUCCAUCAUGUUUCUUUGAAUGUCACGAGUAAAUUCCGGGUUGUGUUCCAAGGCAUGAAAGGAAGUGGCUUAUCAAAUGGAGGCCUCUCUAUUGAUGACAUCAACUUGUCAGAAACUCAGUGUCCCCACCAUGUCUGGCAUAUCAGAAAUUUUGCACAUCUCCUCAACACGAGUUCAGCAGGGAGAGAUGGGUUAAUAUACAGUCCACCCUUUUACUCUAGUAAAGGAUAUGCUUUUCAGGUCAGCUUGUAUGUAAAUGGUACCACUGAUAACCCAUUUAAUUUAGGAAUAUACUUGUCCUUGAUUUCUGGAGCGAAUGAUGAUCAUUUGAAAUGGCCCUGUCCAUGGCAACAAGGUACCAUGGUCCUGCUUGACCAGCAUCCUGAUAUUCGUCAACGGAUGUCAAACCAAAGAAGUGUAACAACAGACCCCCUGAGAUUAUCAGAACCCUCACUAAAUUAUACUUGGGAUAGGCCAGACAAAGUGGGGUCUGAAGCAACUUUUCCCAAUGGAACUAAAUACAUGAGAGGUCCAGGGGUUGGAACGAGCGCAUUUUUAACUCAUGAGAGACUUAGAAGCCGCAACUUUAUUAAAGAAGAUAGUGUUUAUAUUCUUUUAACAUUGGAAGAUAUUUCACAUCUCCUGUCAACUGAGCCGAGCAUUCCACCCCCUUUUGUUACGACUACAAGUUCCAGCACCACCAAACCUGGCCCUAGCCCUGCUACCACCAACAAGCCCUCCACUGGUGCUGAGAGCACCACUGCUGCAUCCACCAGUGCCACAACAGGCAGCACCACCCAGCCCGAAGAUCCUGAGGUUCCGGCUUUCUGCCCAGACAACCCCUGUGAAAACGAUGGUGUCUGUCUUAUGGUAAACAGAGCACCGGUGUGCAGAUGUCCAGCAGGUGACAACUGGUGGUACAUGGGAGAAAAGUGUGAAAGGAAAGGCUCAACUCGAGAAAAUACUGUAAUAGCCGUUUCUUCAACCAUAAGUGUGUUUGUUGUAAUGCUUAUUGUCACCAUCACAACUGCAGUGUGUCUUAAAAAGAAAUACAAACAAGGAAAGGAGACUAAGGAGAACCUGACCCUAGAAGAAACUAAAACAUCCUUCUGAAGAUAAUGCAAACAAGCAUCAAAGACACAAGAUGAACAUCACUGCAAAACCACAACGACGUCAUCAUUCUUUCUGUUCCUUUUAUCUCAACUAUCAUGAUAAAAGUUUGUGAAGUCUGGAAAAUAAUUCAUCAUCUGAUAAAAUAGUGUGCUAAAGUCAGUGGAGUGUCUGACAGUGCUGUGUAUGGUCAUGCAAUGGAGAAAAAUGGAAAUACAUUGUGUGACGUGUCUGCCUUGCCCUUCAAAUCUACAUAAACAUGAAGAAAACAUGAAAAUGGCAUCCUGAAUUUCAGUCAACACAGAAAAGUCUAAGUUUGCUAUAUUAUCAUUGUACAGUUGUCAAUAUUAAAGGGGAACUGGACCCUGUAUUCACAGGGUACCCAGCAGUUCUCAGUCCUGCUGCAGCUGUCAGUCAGUAGUGUGAGAGUUUGUGGAGUGUGGGAAUGUCUGGUUCAUUAUGUUAUUUGGUUGUGAUCUACUCACUAUAAAAAAAAUAACAAGUAAUGAGGAAAGUAAUAAAUGAACCUCACAGACACACAUUAAUGAGGAAGUCACAGCAGAGAUAAUAAUGAGGAUCCAGAAUGCUUCAGCCACUGAUUGAUGGUCCAUUAGAGGAACUACUCAGGCAGAACCCUCAAGAAUGUCAGCCUGAAUAAUUAUUAACUGAUAGGAAGGGGUAAAUAUGAUUAACAUGAGUGUUGUGGAAAAGUUGAAGGUGCUUGAGAUAUGGGCUAUGAGAAAAGGCUUUUUGAUUUAUGUAAAAAUGACUAUAGGGUGUUUAGGAGAAGGACCAAAAGAUCCAAAGAAAAGUGGGGGAAAAUGGGGUCAGAAACUGGAGAGGCCCACCUGCAAAAGAGAGCUGUGUGCCAAUGGCCAGGGGAGAACACAGGUCUUAGGGCUUAUGGAUCUAGGUACUAGCACAUGGAGGGACUGUGUGCCAGGAACUGGAGGGACUGUGUGCCACAGGGCUUGUAGAUCUAAAGACCAGCCACAGGAAGGACUGGUAUAUGUGUCAUGUGUGUCUUGAAAGGCCAGCAGCAGUUGGAGGGAUCAGGUUGUGUGUUGGUGUGUAAAAGGUCUAAGUGCUGGCAGCUGGAGAGAUCUGUGUGUGUUAAUAUUUCUUCAGUGAAUUUAAUCCUGUGUGUGCGCAUAAUUCACUAGCAAACUUCAAGCUGGACUAGCUGGAGGGCUGGAGGAAACAUUUGCACAUCUGGAGGACUCGAAGAGCACACUGUCCUAUCUGGCAAGCAAUGGUGUGUACCACUGCCAGGACUCCCCAGCUUGGAUAUUUAACAGGUUUAGAGGCCAUGCUAACAUUUAAGGGGAUUGUCCAUGUUCUCUGGUGAAAAUGAGGGCACAUUUUUUCACCAGAGAACCUGUAUUCUGAUUUCCUGGAGGGGAGGAAGAGGACAGGGCUGUGUGCCCUUCUCUGGGUUUGGGAAGCAUUACAGUGGGGUUGUGCUGCUGCCCUGUGUGUGUGUGUGUGUGUGUGUGUGUGUGUGUGUGUGUCUAUGUGUUUGUGUGUGUGAUCGUGUCUCAGACACAGCCGUGCUGCCAUCCAGACCUGGAAGAGGAGCAGCAGCCACACCCUUAGGACUGGGAUGUAGACACCAACUGGGACCAUUCCUGGCUGGCCAUGUUGGCUGGGGAGCUGGAUCCUGAGUCUGGGAGAUUUAGUGGCUCCCUUAACACCCCUGACAAACAGAGCUACAAUGCAGUAGGAUUUAGAGGAAAACAUAAGCAUGGAAAUAAAAGGGCCAGAGAAAGCAAAACGUCCCUCCCCAAGGACACUUCGCAGAGGGAGAUGGCAGCCUCCAUGGGCAGAAAUCAUCACAUUUGUGGUGUUUUGGAGGGGGACAGUGAGAGACAGGAGUGCCAGUAAUGGAAAUGUCAGGUCACACCAGAUGGUUGGUAGACUGGUAUGUGAAUGUGUUCACAUUUAAAGGUCAGCAACUACUUUGAUUGCCUGGGAUGGGUGUUGAUGAUUUUAACAUUUGUCAUGCAAUUUACCCUAACUCUGGGCAAGAGCAGUCCAAAUGUGUGGAAAUUUGAUGAGGGAGCAAGUCUUCCUCUGAAUGCUACUGCACAGUACAAAGCAACAAAAGUGUAUUCUUCUGUAUCAAUGCUAUAUAUAUAGUCCUUCUCUGAUUCAUAUUCUCUGAAAUGUAGUUGUAUUUAAAGCAUUCAUAGCUGGAUUUAUUAGCUUUUGUUGGAAUCCAAAGAUUCAUGAAAACAGCCAGACAAAAUUAACAAAGAUUUGUCAGAGCUAACAAACAUCCUGGAUAGGAAAAUACCCUACUAUAGCUGUCUUAAAAUAACUUUCCUAUUUCCACACAUCUUCAUCAGCAGUUUUCAUGCAAAUAAUCUUCCAAAUGCGCCUUCAAUUAAGAUAUGCACAUAGAUUUACAUGGAGUUAAGAAGACACAAAUGAGACUGUUCAUGAAUUCAACCCUGGCUACAACCCUUAAUAUUUUAAAGUGUGAGCAUUUGAUAAAUUCAGAUGUGAGGUACCAGAUUUGUGACUGUAGAGAUCAUUUACAUUUUUGAAAUCCAGAUUACAAGAGAUACUUACCUGUACUUUCAUCAGAAGAGAGCUUAAUACACAGAGUAGUAUACACAAUAUAAUACACAAUAUAAUUUCAGUACAUUGAGGAAGAUACAAAUGCCAUAGGGUAUAUCCUGAAAUGUUAAACUUUCAUGGGAAAGUCUCAAGCUUCUGCUUAGUCCUUUCAAACAGGAAUCAAUGAAGAAUGUGAUUUAAAACUGAAUCUCCCAGUCAGUGAGUUUUGGCUGUAGGGCCAAAAGAGAGGUUUCUUAAUGUCCUUAACUGACUUAAAAAUACUCAAGAGGAGUAUUUUUUUCAAUUUUACAAUGCAGAAAAAUUACUCAGGAAAUGCAGAAUGAGAGUCAAGAUUCCACUUUAUUGUGUGUCAUGAAAGUUAUGCUUACUGGCUCAAGUUCCUGAACAAAUACAUUUUUCUUAUAAAGCUCUAGCACAAGUGACUUGAUGAUCUUAAUUUUGGAGAGGUAUAUUUUACACAUUUACAGAUAAUAUGGUAUUAUCCCAGGUCACAUACUGUGUUAGCUGGACAGAGAGCAGCCUGGGAGCUUACUUUAUUUUCCUGGAGCAAGUUUAUUCACAGAAAGUUUUACUAAAAAUCUUUACUGUAAAGAUCUCUCUGUAAAAUCACUGAGAUACUAAUGUGAUAGUAAACACCACCAGUGUUAAAUCUGCACCAAUCCAUUUAUUUUUCCUGUCCUUCUCACACUGUAGUGACUCAGGUUGAUUUUCAACAAGGAUUUACUCUGCCCACAUGCCUGCUCAGGCACAUUCCACUCUCUACACACCAGGACCAGUGUGAAAACCCUAUUACUGUGUUCCCACAGUAUGCAGCACAAGGGUUUGGGCUGUGGACAUUGGCUCCUUGGGUUGCCUGCACUGCUCCUGUUCCUCAUUCAAGAGCAUCUCUAGCAAAGACCCUGAUCUAAGUGAAUGUUUUCUCCUCUGCUCCUCCUUUUCUGGGCUCCAGAUUUGCUGUACAGCUGGACCCAGCCGAGUAUGUGCACAUUGUAUCCAGAACUGUGUGCAUGACUCAUUCCCCACUGCUGAGUCUAUCAGGAGUCACAGCAUGGGCGUAAAAAUAAACUAACUCCAAUAUUCAAGCCAGUGGCUCAGGUGUGGAAUAACAAAACAACGUGGGUCAUCAUUCUAGCUACUUCUUGGUCUUUCUUCAAGAAUCUCAGCCCUGUAGAAAAUUUUUUAGUCAUGCCACCUACAAUCUAUAUUAAACAGCGUAUGCAGCCUCCUAUUCCUGAUACAGGCAAACCAAGCCAUUGCUGUUUGCAUCACACAGAUCAGCUCUGCUCAGUUUAGCUUUUGCACAAGUUACAAAUUACUGAGUCAUAAUGUCAGUCUGGCAGGCGUAGCAUUGUCUAAAUGCAAGAAAGGGACUGAUCCUAGACACCAGCCCUCCUGCUUCAGCUGAGUGUGUCAGGUGUCUCGUGCCACCCAUGCCAGGCAGACACGGUCCCAGGGUGUAGGGCAGGGGUCAUGACUUUUCAUUUUCUUUAGGCACAAUUCAGAACAGAGAUGUACCUUUUUUCCUUUUUAUUUUCCCCACAGCUCUCCUUAUCCACUGCUAUUACAGCUCAGGGUCUUUUGCAAAGACACAGAUGCUGUCAGCUGAACUACCUUUGACUUUGAUAAAUAGGAUCUUAAUUCUCCUCUCUUCUUGGAGUGCAUUUUCAAGCUAUCUUUGGGGCUGGUAGUACAGAUAGUUAAUUCUCAAAAGGAAAAGAUAACCAAAAAUUAAACUGCCUUUUCUGAAACAGCCAGUGCUUUUCUUCAAAUCUAGAAUUACUGCUUAGAGGCUUUUGUAGUAUUGAUGCAGUAAUGGCACAACAUCUGUAUUUUGCUCUGUGUUUUGAAAUAGUGAAGAAAUAUAUGGUGAUGUCAUUUUCCAACUUCUUCCAAUGACAUAUACUCUAUUACAAAAGACAAUUCUAAAGUUGAGAUUUAAGGAUUUGUUUCAUGCAAAAAGAUUAUGAAUUUUUUUGCAGCAUACAGAUUCAUGUGGUUGCUUUCCUUGUCUUCUCCCUUUUUUGAGCAUCAACAGAAAUAUCUGGGAAAAACAAUGACCACAACAGCUCAGGCUGAUUACUACUUACACCAGAUGCACUCUAACUGGUAUCAUAAAAGCUGCAGACAGGUUUACAUUGGAGUUCUUUUGCUCAUUAAUUCCUAAACUUCUACUGGAGAUGAAAAUUUCCAUGCUUGAUCUAUGCCUUUGACUUCACCUAUGGUGAAAACAAAAUGGCAUCGAAGAAGUUUAACUGGAAUGUCAAGAACUUAAAAGAACAAAACUGAACCUCAUUGUUUCCCAAGGCUGCGCUGCUUAAUCCUACAAUACAUAAACAUAGUCACUCUUCCAAUGCAAUACCCAUGGGAAAAAAGACCUGUGUGCUCUUUAUGAGAUUUGAAUCUUAUCUCUAAACAAUUUGGUGGAAUAUUUUGAUUAACUUCUUAAUGAUAGCCUUUCUACUUCACAAUUACUAAUAUGUAACUAGAACCAGCUACCUUGUUCUGCUAGAGCUCUGUGUAUGUGCACUUGCCCUUGAUUUUUUAUUUUAACUCCAUUUGGAUCUAUGAGGUCUAUGCUACAAAAAGCCAGAUCAAAACUUCCCAGAGACACAUCUCUCUCUUCAUCUCUACUUUUUUUUCCCCCAUACUUCUCAUUGUGUUGUAAACACUUGGCUUUGGAGGCAGCUUUCAUUCAUGUAAAUGAUAUUUGCUUCUUUAAAACAGAGCAUUAUAAAUGACAUAAAAGUAUCAUUGCAACUCCAGUUUCACUUGUUAAUAAAGCUAUUAGUUUAUUGAAUUUGGUAGUUAUUAAGUUGUUUAAUAAAAUUUGUUUAUUAACUGU